AUGGUGGACUCCUUGGUGACGCCGCCGUCGGCCUCCGGCGUCGGCAUCAACACGAUGAUCGGCGCCGCCUCGACGACUUCUGAAGCCGACGAAAUGGCCUACUUCGACCCGAAACUCAUGCACGCAGCCACCAAAGAGUCCGUUUUUUCAGAGUGUCUACCUAGAAAGAAAUUUAUUUGGAUUAUUUUUACGCUCCCAAGUUUGGUGACAGUUUCUUGUGAAGCUGGGUGACUAGCCGAGCUCAUUUAUGUAUAAGAAAGAUCAUUUUUCUUGGCGGUUUGGUAUUUUUUUCAAAUGUUGCUUGAAGCCUAAGCCUCAGCCUUUCAUGUGUCAGAAAAACAUUUCGAAAAUUGUAAACUACCAAGUUUUCGAGAAAGGAUACCUCGAUCUCGAAAAAAACUACCAAAAUCGCUUAAAAUGGGCCAUUUUGAGACUUCUAACCCCCUUUAUCGAAAGCCAGGAGGUUUUAGUGAGCUUAGGGAUCUUUAAAAUAUGGUAAGCCUUCUUUUUAUCAACAAGUUAUCAAUGGGGCAUAGUUGUCACUCGAAAUCGCGGCUCUUUUUUCCCAAACAAAAGUUUUCAGGAGUAUCCUACGCUCCAGGCAACAACAGCCACAAGACGUCAUGUUGUUCGUGAUCGGAGGCGGAAAUUAUGUCGAAUACCAAAAUUUGGUUGAUUAUGGUGGGUAUUGGAAGAAAAUUUUGAAGAAAAAACUUUUUUUUAAUGUGGAAGUGUAUCACGAGAAGUAAAACCUUCGAAAAUAUUUUUUUCGAAAAAAAUUGAGUUUGAAAAAAAUCUUGAGAAACAAUUAGCUGAAGUUAUAAAAAUGAAUAGGAAAUCUAGGAUUUCCAAAAAAAUUUUUGGGUGAAAAGUUAAGAAAAACGUAAAACAAAUACCUUUUUUUCAUCAAAUUUUAUCAUUACCAGACUUGAAAAAAAGUGGGAUUUUUGCCCAUUUGAUGACGAUUUUUUUCCAGGUAAACGGAAAAAAAUCUUAAACGAGUGA